CAAAGUGGAAGAUGAUGGUAAGGAGGGAUGGGGUGAUGCUGGCAGACAGAGGAAUCCAACUGAAGAGAUGGGCCAGGCACUCCAAGGCCAGGGAACAGAUAUACUCACUCACCACAUCAAGGAUGGGAAUUGGCUGAUUCCACAGUUCGGCUGAACUAGGAGUCUGCAACAGGUUACUCACUGUGCUUCAUUUCUGUUCCAAUUUUAAAAGAGCAUAUUUAACAUUCCAUCCCAAGACAAUGUGAUAGCAAUGAAAUCUUUCCAUAAAAAACAGAAGAGGGCAUCCAUCCAAUGAAGAUCAGUCAGCGGAGUGCAAACAAGUGUUCCCUGGCCCCCUUUAGUCAUUUUACAUUUCACACAACAGUGCAGACACGCAGGUGGCCCUGGUGACUGAGAUGACAUCCUCUCUAAAGAUCUGGGGCAUGCUCUUGGCCCUGCUUUACAUCCUUUGCAGGCUGUGUGUAUACAGUAAAGACGUUUACUGGAGAGAAUUCAUAAAACUUCAUUACUUAAGUCCAAGUAGAGAAUUCAAAAGGUACAAAUGUGAUGUCCUCAUGAGAGAAAAAGAAGCUCUGAAAGGCAAAAGGUCUCAUAUAUUCAUCUAUAGCUUAUGGUUCAAAAUUCAGCGUACAUGCAUCGAUGAGAAGGGGAGCAACCGAUAUAGAAAUGCAUAUGUAUGGGCCCCAGGUGCCCUUAAAGUACUCGAGUGUCACUGGGAGAAGUACAACAGGAGGUACAUAGAGAGCAGAAGCUUCAGCUACAUUGAAUUCCACUGUGGCAUAGAUGGAUAUGUUGAUAACAUAGAAGACCUGAAGAUUAUAGAACCUAUCAACAACUAGAAAGUCUAUGCACAUCCUCAGAUAUUGGUAGAGUAUUCAGUGCUUCCAAAGUGGUGGGCCCUGCCUCCAUCAAUAGCCCCAGCCACUCCCCACUUACAUUUAUGUGUCAGUGUUUUCCAAGUACUUAGAGUUUAUGUACCUUGCGAUUUCUUGAUACCAAAUCUUUGUGUGGUGUCUGUAUCUGUAAUACAAUUUUGUCCUAAUUUGCCUAAUUUACACCCACACUUUUUCCAAGAUUCAGCUCCUAUGGCAUCUAUCCUUGACUAACCUAAGAUUUUUCCUGAUAUUGACUCUCUUUAUACCUACCCAAGCUGAACAAACUUCUUUUUCUUAAAUAAAAUAUAUUAUUCUAA